AUGUGGCUCGCCGCCGUCGUCGCCAUGGCCUACUACAUCUUCGGACGCCACAUCAGCCGCGUCUUUCUUAUUGCCGUCCUUCUCGAAGGUGUGUUGUUGUACCCGUGCAGCGUGUACGUGUUUCCGCCGGUGGCGCCGCUGUCGAUGGACGCGACCGACCGACUGACGGCGACGUGCACGAUGAUCAUGUGCGUGGGCAUCAUCUCCCACAUCCACGAAUCGUCGCGCCAGGCCACCGUCGACCGACUGCGCGAUUUCAACGAGAAGCUGCGCCGGUCCACCGAAGCCAAGACCCUCUUCCUCUCCGCCAUCACCCACGAGCUGCGCACGCCGCUGACGGGGAUCAUCGGGAUGGCCAACGAGCUGCUGCUCGAAGACGAGGACAAGGCCGAGCAGCAGCCGCCGCCGUCGCGGCCCGCCUCGCCCGCCGCGCCCGACCAGGACCAGGAGCAGUGCCACCUGCGCGGCGGCAGCGCCCGGACUCAGGCGCAGAGCGACGAGGAGCGGAUGGAGGCCGUGCGCAUCAUCGUCACCUGCGCGCGGCACCUGCUGGGCCUGGUCAACGACGUGCUCGACUUUGAGAAGAUCGAAUCGCGCCAGCUCGACCUCGAGGCCAUUCCGUUCGAUGUCGAGAAGGAGACCGACCUGGUCCUCUCCAUGCUGGCCUUCCCGGCCGCCUCCAGCCGCGUGCGCAUCGAGAAGCAGACCGCCGGGCUGGCCCCGGGCCACCGCUUCCGCGUCGGCGACCCGCUGCGCUUCCGUCAGGUCCUCUUCAACCUUCUAAGCAAUGCGGUCAAGUUCACCCCGGCCAUGGGCACCGUCACUCUCUCGCUCGGCGACGCCGGCGACGACGCCGACACCACCGACGCCGACACCACCGACGCCAGUAGUCUGCGCGUCGAGGUGCGGGACACUGGCAUCGGCAUCCCCGAGACCACCAUGAAGAACCUCUUUAAGCAUUUCUCGCAGGGCGGGACGGGCGUGUGUCGCCAGUACGGCGGGUCGGGCCUGGGUCUGGCCAUCUGCAAGCACCUCGUGGAAGCGAUGCACGGCCGGAUCGGCUGCUCGUCGGCCGGCGUGAACAAGGGCUCCACCUUCUGGUUCACGCUCCCGCUGCCGGUCAGUUCGCCGGAGGCGGUCGGCGCCGACUGCGACUCGACCCAGGUGGCCGCCUGCGACCUGGCCGGAUCGCAGCCUGAGGCCCCGCCGGUCAGCCCGGGAUCCGGCGGCGGCAGCGGCAGCGGCAGCGAUGUGCCGCACCCGCAGCAGGCGCGCCACAGCUUCGAGGGCAUGAAGGUGCUGCUCGUGGAGGACAACGUGGUCAACCAGAAGGUCGGCCGCCGUCUGCUGGAGCGGAUCGGGUGCGAUGUGCACGUGGCCGAGAACGGCCAGGAGUGCAUUGACAUGCUCGAGCGCGAGUCCUUCUCCCUCAUCUUCAUGGACUGCCAGAUGCCCGUCCUUGAUGGCUAUGAGGCGACGCGGCGGAUCAGAGAGAUGGAGAGGGCGGAGCAGCGCGGGCGCACGCCGAUCGUGGCGCUGACGGCGUCGUGCGUGAAGAGCGACCGGCAGGUGUGCCUGGACAGCGGCAUGGACGACUGGAUGUCCAAGCCCUUCGACCAGGGCGCCCUCUGCCGCGCUCUGCUCAAGUGGGUCCCACGCCCGCCGCACUCCCAGGCCGAGCGCUGA